UUAUUUUUCAGCAAUAGGUGUAACUGUCAAAAGACAUGUUUUUCAAAGAUAUGUGUAUUAUUUAUGUUUGUUUAAACAGUCUAAUCAAUUUGAGUUCAUUUAUUGUUUAAAGUAGAGAAUGUGCUCCCUUAGAAUGUUUAAUGUCAUGGGUUCUUUAAGAAAGAGUUAAUAUCGAAGCGUAACAGGUCAUAUGACCAGGUUGAGUUGAACGCGGGACCGUUGCAUUAUGGGUUGAAAAAACAUGGAUGCAGAGUAAUGUUAAUGGUAUACAGAGCCUGGAAAAGAGUAACCUUUAUCUGCAUGGUCUAAGAGGGCGCACACGUUUUCACGGUGUCUGUUGGAAAGAGACAGAGACAUAGAGACAAAUAAACAGCAAAAAGGACAUCUGUAUGAAGCGUGGCUCAUUUCAUUAGACCAGUGCAGCUAUAGUGAAAACGUAACGCCAGCAAAGCCGACAGCGCCAAAUGUGGAACGGUACCCGUCGGAUCUGAAGAGAAAGCAACAUCGCUGGAGCAUCGCGUACAGACAAGACGUCGGAGAAAAGGAAGAAUCACGAUCGCGGAACCAUCGCGCGGUCUGAGAUUGCAUCAGAGAGGAGACUUCCCCUUUCACAGUUGUCACAGCCGAGGAAAGUACCGCGACGCGAGCAGUAGAGGGCGACAUUCAUCCUUCUAGAUUACAGCCUUACAAGUAUCCUUCCUACAGGCUUCAGAGUACUGUGUUUAUUUCAUCGUUGUUUGAAGCAGAAGAGUUCUGCUGUGCAGUUAACUGCAGGUUUGACUGUGCCUUCUACAUCUAUAUGGACAUUAAAAAAAAAAAAAAAAAGGUAAAGUGUUAUAAAUAUAUUGCUUUAAUUGAUUUAUGCUUCAGCAUUGACAUUGUUGUGAAUGGUGAGUAAUUUGAUCUGAGAGUAAUAGUUAAGUAACCGUGUACUAAAGUGUUUUUGGUAAACAUUUACAAUGUCAGUUUAUGGAGAAAAAUCACAAUGUGGUGAAUCAAGUGAGCAAAUAGAGACCAUUCAAGCAGAGUUGAUUAGGUUAAAUGAACAAUUGAAAUUUCAAAGUAAUGAUGUUGAAAGGGAAAGAUUAGAGUCACUCAUUGGUGAUGUUCACUCCAAAAUACAGUCACUUCAAACAGCAAUGACAGAACCUAUUCCUUCCACUUCAAGAACAGAUGAACCCAGGAAAUCCUCACGAGAAAGAAAGUUAACUCCAAAAAUGCAGGAGCUUAAGCAGCAAGAAGUUUCUCAAAAGGAGAGUAAAUUCAUCAAGUUGUAUGAAAGCUGGAAAGACCAAGUUAAAGCUACACGUACCAAACUGAAGGGUGAGUGCUCGGACCAAGACUUAAGUGACCUGAUGGACAGUGUAGAGGGAAUGGAAAGUCAAGUGAAAAAUGUAUAUGAACUUAUAAGAUCUCAAUCAGUUCCUUCUACGGAGAUUAGAAGAAAAAUGGAUUCCUGUACAGCAGUGACUGCAGAUUUGAUGGGGCUAAUGAAAGUUCGUAUGAGUGAAGUGGGGCAAGAGGAAUUUGAUGCUAAUGCAGAAGAAGCAAGAAUUCAUAUGGUGCUUGACAAAGAGUAUGCUCAGUCGAUAUUUACGACUACAAGCUCUAAGUCUAUUCGUAGUCACCGUUCAAGCUCCUCAAUAGAUCAGCAAAGUAUCACUGCAAAAAGAGCAGAGUGUGCCGCACAGUUGGCUGCAAAGCAGGCAGAGAUAAAAAAUGGAAGAGGCUAUUGCUACUCAAAGGCUAGAACUUAAAAGACUGGAGAAUCAGAGAGAUCUUCAGGUAAUAGCUGCAAAGCUCAAGGUAUACUCUGAAGCUGACUCAGGUGAGUCAUGUAAUGAUAGUAUAGCAGCAAGCAGUGAUUUAGCCAGUUGUCCUGUAAUGUCUUCUAAGGAAAUUAAAAAGGAACAGGCAUGCAAGAAUGAUAACCAGGAACAAAAAGACCAUAGUAAUGGUGAUGCAUCAAUAGUACAAGCCUUACAUGACACAAUGGUUCUCAGUAGACUUCCUGCACCUGAGCCCUCAGUUUUCAUAGGAGACCCACUCAAGUUCUUAGAGUGGAGAACAAGUUUCAAGGCAUUAAUAGAGCAGCGAUGCACAAAUCCAGCUGAUAAGUUGUUCUACCUACAAAAAUAUGUCAGUGGUGAGGCCCAGUCUGUAUUGGAAGGAAGCUUCUACAGAAAGGAUGAUGAAGCCUAUGAACAAGCAUGGGAAGCACUGAAUUCUCGGUAUGGCCAUCCAUUUGUAAUCCAGCGUGCAUUUAGAGAAAAACUGAAUGACUGGCCUAAGAUAAGCUCGAGAGAGUCAGUUAAAUUGAGACAAUUUAGUGAUUUUCUGACAGCCUGUAGCAAUGCCAUGCCACACAUUAAAGGGCUUCAGGUGUUAAAUGACUGUGAGGAGAAUCAGAAAAUGCUACAAAAACUCCCUGACUGGCUGACAUCUCGUUGGAAUCGGCAUGUAACAAUGCAGCUGAAACAAUUGGAGGAAUACCCUACUUUCAUGGAGUUUGCUGAUUUCGUGGCACAAGAAGCAGAAAUAGCAUGCAAUCCAGUAACAUCCUUUCAUGCCCUCAAGCUUACUCAAGAGAAGCCAUCUAGAGAGGUUAAGCGCUCAAAGGCAAAUGCAUUCAUCACUAAUGUGAAAGCGUCAGAUAAAUCAAGAAUAGUGUCAAAGACAUACAGUGUUGGAGUAAGCAAUUCAGUGGAUUCAAACCGAUCCGACAAAGUCAUCACUGUGCCUUCAGUUUCAAACUCAGUCACUUGCAGGUAUUGUGGGGAAAACCACUCCAUCCACAAAUGCCAAACGUUUGCCAGUAAGUCUGUGGAGGACAAAAGGAAGUUCAUAUUAGACAAUAACCUUUGCUUUGGCUGUCUUAGGAAAGGACACAACUCCAAGGAUUGCAAGAGUAAAGCUACUUGUAGUGUAUGCAAGAAACAUCAUCCAACACCACUUCAUGAAGACCGCCCUUCUUCUACAGCAGUCACAUUUUCUCAUGCAAUGCAAGCAGAACAAAACACAUCUUCACUUUCCUGUUGUGUAGAUAGUGGCGAUGGUGGGAGUACAUCAAUGAUUGUGCCUGUAUGGAUUUCUUCAACUUCCACACCUGAAAGGGAGAUCUUGGUUUAUGCCCUUCUGGAUACACAGAGCAGCAACACCUUCGUGGAUCAAGAGGUAUGUGAGAGGAUGGGGGCAAUUUCAGAGCCAGUCAAGUUAAAGCUUACAACAAUGAUGGGAAAAGAUUCCAUUGUUCAGAGUGAAAGAGUUAGUGGGCUCAGAGUUAGAGGCUUUACUUCUUAUGGCUUAAUCAGUUUGCCACCUGCCUAUACUAGAGACUUCAUUCCACUUGAACGCUCCCACAUUCCUACUCCUGAAACUGCUAGAAGAUGGAAUCAUCUGAAAGAAAUUGCUCAGGAAAUUCCAAUGCUGCUGGAUUGUGAAGUCGGACUUCUGAUAGGUUACGAUUGCUCAAGAGCUUUGGCACCACGGCAAGUCAUCACAGGAGGUGAUGACGAACCAUAUGCCAUCAGGACAGACUUGGGUUGGAGCAUAGUUGGCUCCUCACCUAAGAUUGCAAAGUCAACUGAAGUUACAGGCCUGUGCCAUCGUGUAUCUGUUAAGGAACUCCCAAAUCUGACACCUACCUCAAUUAUCAGAGCCCUUGAAUCAGACUUUGGAGAUACAAAUCCAAGGGAAAGGAGCAUAUCACAAGAUGAUAUACAGUUCAUGCAAUUUAUGAAUGAGAAAAUUCACAAGAACUCAGAGGGACACCUUGAGAUGCCCCUCCCCUUUAAGAUACGCCCACAGUUACCUGAAAAUAAACAGCUGGCUCUGGUGCGAUUGAAGCGCCUGAAAGGAAAAUUUGAGAAAGACCCAAAAUUCAAGGAUGAUUAUGUAAAGUUUAUGGAAGGUGUCUUCAAGGAUGGCGAUGCGGAGAGAGUUGAACUCCAACCUAAAAAAGGAAAUGUCUGGUACAUUCCUCACCAGGGAGUAUAUCACCCUAAAAAGCCAGAGAAGAUUAGAGUUGUGUUUGAUUGCUCUGGCAAAUAUGAUGGCACCGCAUUAAAUGAUCACUUGUUAACUGGGCCUGAUCUCACUAACGGGCUAACAGGGGUACUUUGCAGGUUUCGCAAAUAUCCAAUAACAAUUAUCUGUGAUGUAGAAAGAAUGUUCCACAGGUUCCAUGUAAGCCAGGAAGACAGAGAUUACUUACGGUUCCUGUGGUGGAAAAAUGGCGAUACAAACACUGAGCCAAAGGAGUAUCGCAUGAAAGUCCAUCUUUUUGGAGCAGCAUCCUCUCCUGGCUGCGCAAAUUAUGGAAUGAAGUAUCUUGCAUGUCAAAACGAAAGAGAGCAUCCUGCAGCAGCCAGUUUCAUCAAAAGUAAUUUCUACGUUGAUGAUGGGCUCAUUAGUGUGGAAAAUGUGGACACAGCUAUCAAACUAGUACAAGAAGCCCGAAUUGUAUGUGCAAAAGGGAAAUUGCGUCUACAUAAGUUCAUCUCAAAUGACAAAAAGGUCAUGGAGUCUAUACCUGUUAGUGAGCAAGCCAGCGGUGUUCAAGAUGUGGAGCUUGGCUCUGAUGAACUUCCAGUCCAGACGGUGUUGGGAGUUAAAUGGAGUGUAAAUAGUGACACCUUUUCCUUUAAAGUAGCCCUGGAUGAGAAACCAGCAACGCGGCGAGGAGUCCUCUCAACAGUCGCAUCUGUGUUUGAUCCAUUAGGCUUCCUGGCUCCCUUUCUCCUAUUAGGAAAGAAAGUAUUACAGGAGAUGUGUCAAAGGGGCAUUGAAUGGGAUGAUUCACUUCCCAAAGAGUUAAUGCCACAAUGGACUAGCUGGCUAAAUGAAUUGAAGGAUCUGCACAAUCUCCAGAUUGCAAGAUGCUUUGUUCCUGACUAUUUAGGGACUGUCCAGAGGAUCGAACUCCAUCACUUUUCAGAUGCGAGUAGUUAUGGCUAUGGUCAAUGCUCAUAUAUUCGAGUGUUGAGUGAAGACAAAGUGCACUGCUCCUUUGUCAUUGGCAAGGCAAGGGUUGCACCCACAAAAGUUGUGACCAUACCCAGGCUUGAGUUAACUGCUGCGGUGAUUUCUUCAGCAGUCAGUAGAAUGUUAAAGGAGGAGUUGGAGCUCAAAAUUGAUCAAGAAUAUUUUUGGACCGACUCAAAAGUAGUCUUAGGCUACAUUAACAAUGAAGCCCGUAGGUUUCACGUUUUCGUAGCGAAUCGAGUCCAAAGAAUUAGAGAAACGACUGACCCUGAACAGUGGCAUUAUAUAGACUCUGAACAAAAUCCUGCAGAUCACGCUUCCAGGGGCCUCAAGGUGUCGGAGUUGAUAAAUUCGAAUUGGCUCACUGGACCUAAGUUUCUCUGGGAAAGAGAAAUUAUCACAUCAGAGACCACUCCAGAGCUUCUGAUUGGUGAUCCUGAAAUCAGGGCAACGCAAGUGCUACAAACAAAGGUAGCAAGUGAUGAAGAUUUUUUGGAGCGGUUCAAUAGGUUUUCGAAAUGGCACACUGCAUUGAAAGUUGUUGCUCGAAUUCAGCAGUUAGCGAGACACAAGGCAGAUCAGAACCAUUAGAAGUGUUCUAAGUUGGGUCCUUUCACAGAGUGCAGGAAGACUGGAUGAUGCCUCCUUGAGAACUUUCUUCUAUGAAUCCAUGUCAAUCAUAAAUAAUCGCCCACUCACCUCAAAUAACAUUAACGAUCCCAAAGGGCUAGAGCCACUUACCCCAAACCAUUUACUCACCAUGAAAUCUUCUGUCCCUCUGCCUCCACCUGGGAAAUUUGUGCCAGAGGACCUGUAUGCGAGGAAGAGGUGGCGCAGAGUACAAUAUCUGACACAGCAAUUUUGGAGUAGAUGGAGGAAGGAAUAUCUGGCAAACAUCAUCCUUAGACAACGGUGGCACUCUCCAAGACGAAAUGUAAAGAUUGGAGAUAUUGUCAUUGUCAAGGAGGAACAGCUUCCCCGCAAUGAAUGGAGACUUGGACUAGUGCUUGAUGCUUGUGCAGAUGAAGACGGAUUGGUGCGAAAAGCCAAAAUUCAAAUAGGAAAUAGGAAGUUAGGGAAAAAGGGUCAACGACUGACUAAUCCAUCAAUUCUUGAGCGUCCUAUUCAUAAAUUAGUAGUACUUGUAGAGAACAAUUAAAUCUGAUUUAUUGUCUGAUCUUGAGACUUUUAAGUGUCACAAGUUCA